AUGGCUCCCGCAGCUACUGCUACUCUCCCCACAGCCCCCCACAACCUUACAGGUCCUAUCGACAUCAACCUGUUCCCAGAUGGUCUGAAGACAACGGGUCAACAUAACCCACUUUACGACCACAUUGUCCCCUUUGAAAAGUUUCCCAAGCAAAUAACCGGCCCAACCGUCUGGAACCCCGAGGAAUACCGUGAGAACCCGGAGAAAUGGACACACGUCUUCAGUGAUGAUCAAAUCGCCGAGCUCAGCACAGCGGCAGAUGCCUUCCUCGCAUCUAAGACUCCGCUUACUGGAAUCUCUAAAAGCAACUUCAUUCUUCCCCACCUCGCCAGCUACCUCCACACCCUGCGCGCCGAUCUAAUCGACGGCAAAGGCUUCAUCCUGUUCAAGGGCUUCCCCGUCCAAAAAUGGGGUAACCACAAGUCCGCAGUAGCCUAUAUGGGCCUCGGCACAUACCUAGGCUACUUCGUCAGCCAAAACAGCCGCGGCCACGUCCUCGGCCACGUCAAAGAUCUCGGCGAGGACUCAACCCAAAUUGACAAAGUUCGCAUCUACCGCACCAAUGCCCGCCAAUACUUCCAUGCCGACGACUCAGACAUCGUCGGCCUCCUCUGUAUCACUAAAGCCCUCGAAGGUGGCGAAUCAGACCUCGUCUCUUCUCACAAUGUCUACAAUACCCUCGCCAUCGAGCGCCCGGAUGUCCUCAAAACCCUCACCGAGCCAAUCUGGUACUUCGAUCGCAAGGGCGAGACGAGUAAGGGCCAGGAGGAGUUCAUCCGUACUAGCGUUGUUUACCUAGAGCGCGGCGAGAACGGUCGUGUCUACACAAAAUGGGACCCAUACUACGUCCGUUCCCUCGGCCGCUUCAGUGACGCAGGAAUCAUCCCCCCGCUGUCCCCAGAACAGAACGAGGCCUUGCAGGUUCUUGAAGAAACCUGCCAACGUCUCUCGCUGCACAUGAUUCUCGAUAUUGGCGAUAUCCAGUUCUUGUCCAAUGCGCAUAUCCUGCACGCCCGCACUGCGUACACUGAUCAUGCUCCUCCCCUCCCCCGUCGUCAUCUCAUGCGUCUGUGGCUUGCUACGCCUGAAAAUGAGGGUGGUUGGAAGUUGCCGUUCUGGGAUAGCAAUGAGAAGAAGAGAGGCGGAAUUCAGGUUGAUGAUCAAGCGCCUGUUGCGCCUCUAGAUGCGGAGUGA